CCUCUCGCGCCGCAGCAUCUCCGCGCGUCUCCCGGCCUCCCCGGCUCAAGCUCCUGGCGCCGUCCGCCUCUGUCGUCGCUGCCACCAACGCCGCCGCCAUUCUUGGCGCGGAGCUGGCCUGGCCGGCCCCCGCCGUGAGCCGCCGCGGGUCGGACGCGCGCUCCAGACCCUGGUAAUACCACAGGAACACAGCCAAGUUCUGAAUACCGACAUGUCUGACAGUGCUGAUCCCUAGAGAUGUCUUCCUGAAGCUUCCAUUCUAAAGGUGCCAGGAACAACCCCAGAGACUCACGGCACAGGUCAGACGGGAAUACCGGCAGCCUUGGCAUGACGUCGUGAAGGUGGCCAUUGCUAACCUGACAUGUGGAGACUCAGGAACCCCACCCCUUAUGGGCUCCAGUCUGUGUUGCUGGUCCCAGCUCUGGGACUCUAAGAGGUCCUUGCUGCUAGCCUGCUGCCAUCCAUGUGUGCCUGUUGCUGAAGGCCUCGGUGGCCCCUGCCCAUGAGGAUGUGUGCCCCCAUUAGGGGGCUGUUCUUGGCCCUGGUGGUAGUGACAGCAGUGGCAUUUGCACCUGUGCCUCGGCUCACCUGGGAACAUGGAGAGGUAGGUCUGGUGCAGUUUCACAAGCCAGGCAUCUUUAACUACUCGGCCUUGCUGAUGAGCGAGGACAAAGACACUCUGUAUGUGGGCGCCCGGGAAGCAGUCUUUGCAGUGAAUGCGCUGAACAUCUCUGAGGAGCAACAUGAGGUAUAUUGGAAGGUCUCUGAAGACAAAAAAUCCAAGUGUGCAGAGAAGGGGAAAUCAAAGCAGACGGAAUGCCUAAACUACAUCCGAGUACUACAGCCACUAAGCAGCACUUCCCUCUAUGUGUGUGGGACCAACGCGUUCCAGCCCGCCUGUGACCACCUGAACUUGACAUCCUUCAAGUUUCUGGGGAAAAGUGAAGAUGGCAAAGGAAGAUGCCCCUUCGACCCCGCCCACAGCUACACAUCAGUCAUGGUUGGGGGCGAGCUCUACUCUGGGACAUCGUAUAAUUUCUUGGGCAGUGAACCCAUCAUCUCUCGAAACUCUUCCCACAGUCCCUUGAGGACAGAGUAUGCCAUCCCAUGGCUGAACGAGCCUAGCUUCGUCUUUGCUGACGUGAUCCAGAAAAGCCCAGAUGGUCCGGAGGGUGAAGAUGACAAGGUCUACUUCUUCUUUACGGAGGUGUCCGUGGAGUACGAAUUCGUCUUCAAGUUGAUGAUCCCGCGAGUCGCCAGGGUGUGCAAGGGCGACCAGGGCGGCCUGCGGACUUUGCAAAAAAAGUGGACCUCCUUCCUAAAGGCCAGGCUGAUCUGCUCCAAGCCAGACAGUGGCCUGGUCUUCAACAUACUUCAGGAUGUGUUUGUGCUGAGGGCCCCGGGCCUCAAGGAGCCUGUGUUCUAUGCGGUCUUCACCCCACAGCUGAACAAUGUGGGUCUGUCAGCGGUGUGCGCCUACACGCUGGCCACGGUAGAGGCAGUCUUCUCCCGUGGAAAGUACAUGCAGAGCGCCACAGUGGAGCAGUCUCACACCAAGUGGGUGCGCUACAAUGGCCCGGUGCCCACUCCCCGACCUGGAGCGUGUAUUGACAGUGAGGCCCGGGCAGCCAACUACACCAGCUCCUUGAAUCUCCCAGACAAAACGCUGCAGUUUGUAAAAGACCACCCUUUGAUGGAUGACUCAGUGACCCCAAUAGACAACAGACCCAAGCUGAUCAAAAAAGAUGUAAACUACACCCAGAUAGUGGUAGACAGGACCCAGGCCCUGGAUGGGACUUUCUAUGACGUCAUGUUCAUCAGCACAGACCGGGGAGCUCUGCAUAAAGCCGUCGUCCUCACAAAAGAGGUGCACGUCGUCGAGGAGACCCAACUCUUCCAGGACUCGGAACCGGUCCUGACUCUGCUGCUGUCGUCAAAGAAGGGGAGGAAGUUUGUCUAUGCGGGCUCCAACUCUGGAGUGGUCCAAGUGCCCCUAGCCUUCUGCGAAAAGCACGGUACCUGUGAAGACUGUGUGUUAGCACGGGACCCCUACUGUGCCUGGAGCCCAGCCAUCAAGGCCUGUGUUACCCUGUACCAGGAAGAGGCCUCCAGCAGGGGCUGGAUUCAGGACAUGAGCGGCGACACAUCCUCGUGUCUGGCCUCAUCUCCUAAGUCCUUCCCUCCUCCUGGCUCCUCUCUAUCCUGUCUGGGCCCUGACUCAUCUUCUCCCAGAAGCCCUCGGCCGGCCUUGGCCUUGGGGCCCAACAGCCGUAAGCAGGUCACCUUACUUCCACCCUUCUUGAGUGACCAGGCGCAGAAGGUGCAGGCACUGGGGACCUUCUACCUCUUCUGCCAGGCCACAGGUCCAGCAGAUAUCCGCUUCAUCUGGGAGAAGAAUAGGCAUGCCCUGGAGACGUGUGUACCUAUGCAGACCCAUGCACUGCCCGAUGGCAGGGCCCAUGCCCUCAGCUGGCUUCGGGACACCAUCCAAGAAACCACCGAAUACAGCUGCUCUGUUCUCUCCUCAGCAGGGAACCAGACCUCAAAGGUUCACAUCACUGUGAUGAGACACGAGGCACUGCAACAGGAAAAGUGGAGCCAGGAACUUGCUACAUGGCGUGCUGUGGCCGGGGAGCAUGACCGGCUGAUGCAGGGUUGGAGGAAGGCAUGGGAAAGCUGCAGCAAGGAUACCUUCUAGCCACCAGAGGCAGUUCUGGACAGAUCCCAAGUGACCUUUCUGACACCAGCUGCAGACGUACCUGAUGAAGGCACAGCACCUACUGCACCAAGCUAUUGUGUCUUGGCUGGCUCCACACUGCCAUUUGCCACAGCCUGAGAGUCCCUUCCUAGAGGCUGGGAAUCUCUAGGCCUGAACCCCAGUAGGCCUGAGAUAGAACAAGACCUUUUUACAUUAGCUGCUUAUGUAGCAGAAAGAUCAGUCUGCCUGGCAGAAACAGAAGGCUCCUCACUCAAGCAGAUGACAGAACAGCAUGUCCGUCAUGAAGGCUAACAGGAUGACAGACACCCUGCAUUCUCCCCAGGACUUCCCUGCACUCCUGCCCCUCCCCCAGGGCCAGAAGAGCUAAUCUCCACUCUGCUUCUGUAGAUCUAACUCAAGUCUGCUGCAGUGGCCACCUAGGAAACAGGUUGUUCCAGGGGCUAAGCUGGGAUAGGAGAGGUGGGGUCCAUGUGAGAAUCUUUUGCCUUAAACCUUGAGUGACAUGAGGAAGUUGCUCUUCGCUUAUCUCAGAACCCAAGGCUGUUUUCCAAAGCACAGUGCUUCCCACCGUUUACCCUGUCAGCGCUCCGCUUCUGAGGUAGGCCAAUUAUGCAAACCUUCAGGUGCCGUAUUAAACUGUUUUCCAGUGCUGAGUUAGCAUGUCUCUAGGUCUUUAUAGUACAGUUAAUCUUUGAAGCUUGUGGGUGUGUGUGACCUGGGGAGGUGUGGCCCAAGACCUACUCAGCCUUUAAUCUCCGCAGACAAGUCUCUUCUUGUCAAUCAUAAAACCUAAAACUCUGUUCAUAACCAAGCCACGCCCUUCUAUGAUACCUGGAGAAACUGCCUUGCUCAGCCUGCUCAAUGUCCUUUCUUUCUGGGACAAAUGAAUCAGGUAAGCUUCGAGGUGUGGGGUUAGCAGGUCCCUCCUGGGGCCAGUUCUGGGAAGAGACAGACACACUGAUGGUCACGUGUACUGUCUUCUCAUCUAAGCACAGCCUGGUCCCUGGUCACCCAUCUGGCUAAUGCACAUUCGCCAUGCUUGCAGCACCCUCACACCCUUGGAACAGAAUUUUCUUGUGAACUACUUUCACUGGUUGUAUUUGAGGUGUGGCUUGUCAUUGCUCCCUGUAUCUUCCAUAAAGACUGGAUUUGUCAGGACCUGUCUAUGACACAAAGCAAUCAUACACUGAGGUGGCAGAGGAUGCUCGGGCAGGAAGUUUAGUAAGAUUCCCUGCUCAGCUGCAACAAGAGUGGGCAUUUGCAUUUGUGUUCAGUCUGGUGCUCAUUCCUGUGACCCUGUCCUGGGCACCCCUGGCACAGUGGGGGCCAAGGAAGACUAGCUGACUUCACCUGAAGCACUGGCCUCCGUAGAAGUUGCCAACAGAGUGAUGGCACAACCAGGGCACCCCAGGAGAGGAUGUGCAAUGUCAAUGGGAAGGACUUCUGGAGGCAGAAUGAGAACUCAGAAGUCCAGCACCCAAGGGUUCCUGUGUGGGCUAGGAGCCUGGAUUAGCAGAUGUGAGCCAUAGAUGAGGCAGCUCGGAGCAGGAAGCCCUCAAAUCACAAGACAUUUCAGACCAGGUUUUGUUUUUGUUUUUGUUUUGGUCCUAUCAAAUUUCAAAAUUCUAGCUGCUGAAUACAGCUGACAGGGUUCUUUAAAAGAUCCCUAUAAAUUCAUUUCAGAGCCUUUUUUUCCCUCAAAGACUCUAUUUCUAAACUUAUUAUAACCAACUUGUGGCCUACUGACAUGAGGGGGAGAAAAGUUGCUGACCUAAUUCCACCAAAUCCAUCCCAGGCUGCCACAAAGUCAACAACAGGGUCAACCAGGGGUGAGAACUAGCCGUAGGCUCCGCACGGCAGGCCACUGGGAAGCCAUUCUGACCCAGUCUCCCACUUUCUCUGCUCGGCACAGGCCGCUCUCUCUUCAGAGGCUAUGUUGAGUGCAGCUGCAUUCCUGACAUGGGGCAGACUCGGGCAAAAGAGACGCAAAGGUCUAUUAGGGAUACCAUAGUCCCUGGCUCUGGAGCUGGGUAUGAUGACUGGGCCUGUCAUA